AUGGCUGGGGACACCGGGAUGGCCGGGAAGGUGGCACUGCUCCUGUGGGCCCAGACCCUUGGCCUCGUUGGUGCCCAGACCACCCAGCUCCUCGUGGAUCCCCCCUGGAGGCCGGCAGUGCUGUGGGACCAGGUGACACUGACCUGCCAGGGCUCGGGGACCGCCAGUGCCACCACCUGGUACAAGGAUGGGCAGCACUGGGGACAGCAGGGACGAGACCGAAUCACUGUUACCAAGAGUGGCACCUACACAUGUUACAGACCCGGCACUGGACUCAGCCCCCCCAUGAGAGUCUUAGAUGACUUGCUGGUGCUGCAGGUGCCAGCACAGGCACUGCUGGAGGGGGACACACUGACACUGCGCUGCCGGGGCCGUCAGGACAACCCAGUCACCAGGGUGCAAUUUUUCUGGGAUGAGAAGGAUCUGAGGUGGUUCCUCAGGGGAACUGAGCUGUCCCUGUCCCUUCUGAAGCUGCACCACAGUGGUCACUACCGCUGCAAGGGCUGGAUGAGCACACAUGGGUCACAGUCAGCAGCAGUGACAGUGAGAGUGCACGAGCUCUUCUCUGUGCCGGUGCUGGAGGGUCCCCCCGAGCCCACCGAGGGUUCACCCCUGGCUCUCAGCUGCCUCAGUACCCCCAGCCCCCUGCGGCCCCGAGUCCCCCUCCUGCAUGUGUUCUACCGGGACGGGCAGGUGGUGGGGGGCCCGCAGGGGUCCCCGCAGCUGCUGCUGCCCGCUGUGGGGGUCUCCCACUCAGGGAAUUACAGCUGCGAGGUGCGCUCCAAGGGCGGGACUGUGAGGAAGAGCAGCGCCCGGCUCCACAUCUCGGUGCACAGUGUCCCACCCUCGGGGAUGUCCCUUUUGGUGCAGCCCCCCGGGGGACAGGUCGCACUUGGGGACAGCCUGGUACUGAGCUGUGCGGUGGCCUCAGGGACAGGUCCCCUGUCCUUCUCCUGGCACCGGGAGGGCUCAGGGGCACUGCUGGGCAUCGGGCCCCGCCUGGAGCUGUGGCACGUUGGGGACAAUGACAGUGGCCAGUACUGGUGCCGGGUCAGCAACGGGGACAGCGUGGCCGAGAGUGACCCCCUGAAUGUCACCGUCGUGGUGCCUGUGGCCAAUGCCACUAUCAGCCUCAGUCCCCUGGCACACCAGGUACAUGCAGGUGACCCCGUGACCCUGCGCUGCUCGGUGCAGGUGGGCUCAGUCCCUGUCACCUUCACCUGGCUGCACAAUGGGCAGGAGGUGGCCCAGGGUCCCCUCCUGGAGCUCAGGGACGUCGAUGUGGGACAUUCGGGCACCUACCAGUGCGUGGCCACCAACCAGCUGGGACAGGACGGGCAUCGUGUGUUCCGAGCACUCAGCCCCGAGCUGGCCCUGGAAGUGACACCACGGGGACACAGGAACACAGUGGCUGCAGGGGUCGGUGGUGCCCUUUUGUUCCUGGUCCUGCUCACAGGUGUCAUUGUGGCCUGGCACCGGUGGCACCGAGUGGCCACCAGGAAGCACCAGGAAAGGUCUCCCCCAGAUCCCCUGGCCCCCCCAGAGGAGGGGGAGGUGCUGUACACCCAAAUUGUGAUCACCAAGAGUGCAGGGGCGUCCCCCUGUGCCACCACACUCCAGGAUCCCCAGGUGACCUAUGCAGAGCUGCAGGGACCCCAGAGGCGACCUCAGGAACCCAUUGACAUCUACGGGAAUGUGCUGUGA